AUGGAGUUAAAGCAAUCUUUGUCCACCCAUCUGGAAACCGAGAAGCCUCUGAGGCGCUAUGGGGCGGUGGAGGAGACGGCGUGGACAGCAGAGGGACUGGGGAGAAAUCAGCUGGACAUCAUCUGCAUGGCAGAGACAACCAUGAUGCCGGAGGAGAUCGAACUGGAGAUGGCGAAGAUUCAGCGCCUCCGAGAAGUCUUGGUCCGACGGGAGUCUGAGCUUAGGUUUAUGAUGGACGACAUCCAGCUCUGCAACGACAUUAUGGACCUUAAGCAGGAGCUACAGAACUUGGUCGCCAUCCCAGAAAAAGAAAAGACCAAGCCGCAGAAGCAGAGAGAAGAUGAGCUAAUACAGAAGAUCCACAAGCUGGUGCAGAAGAGAGACUUUCUGGUGGAUGAUGCAGAGGUCGAGCGGCUAAGGGAGCAAGAAGAAGACAAGGAAAUGGCGGAUUUCCUGAGAAUCAAGUUAAAACCUCUAGAUAAAGUAACCAAAUCUCCAGCCAGCUCCCGAGCAGAGAAGAAAGCAGAGCCCCCACCUAGCAAGCCCACAGUGGCCAAGACUGGGCUGGCACUCAUCAAGGAUUGCUGCGGGGCCACCCAGUGCAAUAUCAUGUAG